AGCGGGUUCUACUUCCCAGACUGUUCUGGAGGGCCUGGUGGUGGCGGUCCAUGGCGCUGCCCGCCUGGCUGCAGCCCAGGUAUAGGAGGAGCACCUAUCUUUUCAUUUACUACCUGAUCCAGUUCUGUGGGCACUCAUGGAUAUUUACCAAUAUGACAGUCCGGUUCUUUUCAUUUGGAAAAGAUUCAAUGGCUGACACGUUUUAUGCUAUUGGGCUUAUGAUGCAACUUUGCCAGUCCAUUUCCCUGUUGGAGUUGCUGCACAUAUUUGUGGGCAUUGAGUCAAACCUUCUUCUUCCGAGAUUUCUGCAGCUCACAGAGAGAAUAAUCAUCCUCUUUGUGGUGAUCACCAGUCAAGAGGAAGUUCAAGAGAAAUAUGUGGUGUGUGUUUUAUUCAUCUUUUGGAAUCUAUUGGAUAUGGUUAGGUACACUUACAGUAUGUUGUCAGUCAUAGGACUAUCUUACGCUGUCUUGACCUGGCUCAGUCAAACAUUGUGGAUGCCGAUUUACCCUCUGUGUGUUCUUGCUGAAGCAUUUGCCAUCUAUCAGUCGCUGCCUUAUUUCGAAUCAUUUGGCACUUACUCCACAAAGCUGCCCUUUGACGUAUCCAUUUAUUUCCCAUAUGUGCUGAAAAUAUAUGUUAUGAUACUCUUUAUAGGUAUGUAUUUUACCUACAGUCACCUUUACUCAGAAAGAAGAGACAUCCUGAGAAUCUUUCCCAUUAAAAAGAAAAUAUGAAGCACUACCGUCCAGUGUGAUAUCAGGAGACAGGCGUGUAGAUACAGCUGUAGUAAAUGGCACAGAAGGAUUCUAGAGGGAAAAUACCUAGUGACUUGAUGUGCUAUAGUUACCAAAACUCUAGACACAUCACACAUGUUUCUAUGUUUCUCACAUAUGUUUCUAUGUUUCUCACACAUUAUAUUUCCCAAACAUAUUCUGUAUAACCUACUUCAUGAAAGCCAUAGAUUUUAUACAAUUAAACUAAUAUUGUGUGAAGCUUGAUUAUUUUUCCUAUAAGGUUAGUUAAAAAAAUUAGCUGGUGUAGAUUCAAUUAAAUUAAGAAACCAAAGUUGUAAACCUAAAUUACAACUAUUUACAGCUAUAUAUUUUUACUUCUGAGUUCCCAAAUAGCAGCUGAUAUGUAGGAGGGGAGUUAACGUGAAAUAUUUUCUGUAGUUGUCUAGAAUAACAUAUUUUAUAGACAGAUACCACUGUUUCCAGGCUAACACCCAUCUUAAACAUUACACACACUUGGAAAAUCAAACAUCUUUUCAGAUCUUGAAAUAGUCUGAUAAUAUGCAAGUUAUUUGGGCUUUAAUUUAAUUCCUAUUAAGGAAUAGAGGACCCAGAUGAAAGCAGAAUAGACCUUUGGUAAACACACAAAUAAUGUCCCAUCUUCCUUUAGAAGUUAUCAGACCAUGCAUACAUACUUUAAUGGGAUAUAAAGGUACAAAAAUUUAGUAAAUCAUUUAUAUAUUUAUUCUUUAAUCAAUCAAUCAAUCAAUCUAUCUAUCUAUCUAUCCAUCUAGGAGGUAAAAAAUCAAGAACCAGUAGAUUGUUAUUCUUCUCAUUGCUACUUACUACAAAUUAUAUAUCAUCAUAUAUAGUUUUAGAAAAGGCUCUUUUAUUUGAAGAUCUCAAAUAUAUGUGAAUAAAUGACAAAUAGGAUCAUAUUUGUACCAACAUAUAUCAUUUUCUUUUCUUGAAAGAAUUCUAGAAUCAAAUUAACCAGUAACUAUAUAAACAGGGUAAUACAUAUCUUGUGUUUAGUUCUUAACUAGGUAAUAAAGACAUAAUCACAAAAAAACUAUUUUCACUAGAUGAAAUGUUUGAAAAUAAAUGAAUAUUAAAGGUUGU